AUCACAGCUUAGGAGGCGGGAUUUGUGUGAACACGCUCGGAAAAUGGUUGCUGUAGCGACGCGGUGAUACGUUAAAGAAAAAAAACAGCCUUGACACGACGUCUGUAUCCUUGAGUGAUGUUCAGCAUCCCUUCCUCACUCGGCAUGCUUCACUCCCAGAGCGUCCAGCUCCUGUGUCUCACGGCGUCCAGCGGCGUUCCGCUCUUCUGCCGCGGCUCCACCAAGCAACUGCCCUUCUCCAUCAUCGGUUCCCUGAACGGCGUGCACAUGUUCGGGACGGGCCACGAUGCUGCGCUGUCCUGCUGCGAGACCGAACGAGGUGGACGUGUGCUGUGGAGAGUCUUCCACGACAGCCUGAUGCUCAUCGGCAUCAGCAGCAACGCUGACGUUAGCGAGCUGCACUUGCGGCGUUUGCUGGAGAACGCCUGGAACUGCAUGGUGCUCGUACUGGGCCUGGACGAGCUGGCUAACACGCGGAACGUAGAGCGGCUCAAGAGAGAGCUGCGCUCUUGCUACCGGUUAAUCGACAUGCUGCUCGAACGCGGCAUGGACGAUCGCGAUGGCGAUCGGGGCCUGAUGGGAGAUCUGACGCACUGUGCUGACUGUAUACUGUUCCCUCAAGCCGACCUCCUCCAGGAGACGCUGGACGCCUUCACCAGGGCUGCCGAGAGCGAGUUUGGCUGUUUGCUCGUCCGCGGUCGACUCGCAGUAGCUACUGAGAAAUGGUGGCGUCUCGCUCCUCAAGAGCUCGUCCUUCUUUCUGCCCUUGCAAAUCUGCCCCCUGGGAAGACAUCAUGUGACUGUCCAGUCUUUUUACCCCAAGGUAGCCCUAAUGUUGCGCUCAGGCUGCUGUGCUUCCAGCUGCUCCCUGGCGCCAUAGCUUGUGUCCUGUGUGGUCCCAGACCGUCUCUGUACCACGUCGAGAACGAGCAGGUUUGUCGUUUUUGGUCUCCCGUAGUGGAGAACCUGCGAUCCUGUUUGGACCAAGCCAAACGCUCGGCUCUGUCUCCUUCCGUCGGCCUCCGCCGGGACGUCCUAGCUCUCCUCCUAAUAAACCGUGAAUCGCGCAGAUCGGUGGAGUCUCUCGGCCACGCCUGCUCGAAAGCCACGCCUCUCCUUUCGCCGGCUCGUCGCUGGGAGCUUCUGCGCCUCUUUUACACGUUCGCGGCGACGCGCUAUUUCAGCUCGGAGGAGUCUCCGAGCUCAGAGCGUCCAACUGCCGAGCUGCUCCACGAGGAGUUUUCUGCAGGGUUCACACACCUGCCCGUGCACUGCUACCUCGUGACCGAUGAAUGUAAAUGCUACGCCGUGCAGACGCCUCAGCACCAGCUCUUCCUCCUCACUGACCUCUCCGUUCCCACGUUCGCUUUGCGCUCGGUCGCCACACACACUCUGGAUGCCGUCACCACGGCGACCGGCUUUUAGUGCGCCAGACAGCGUAGGCGUAAUUACUGGGAUAUAGUGCCAUGUUGGAGGUUCUGCCAAGCACGGUGGCGUCCCAUCCGGUGUGUUUCUCCCAGCGUGCCCGGGACAGACUCUGGAUCCAGCGCAACCCUGACCAGGAUAAAGAACUUACUUACGUGCCGAAGAUAAACAAACGGAUAUCCACACCGAUACACAGCUACGGACUGGGGGAGGAAACCGGAGUACCCGAAGGAAACCCCUGCAGCACAGAGAGAACAUGCAAACUCCACACACACAGGGCCACGGUGGGACUCGAACCCCGGAGGUGUGAGGUGAACGUGCUAACCACUAAGCCACCGUGCGCCCCUGUUUUCCGCACCAUUCUGUGUGAACGCUAGAGUGAAAAUCAGUGUGAAAAAUCCCACUGAAAUAUUUCUGAAAUACUCAACCCAGUACUAAGUCCGGCACCAACGACCAUAUCAGGGUCAAAGUCGCUGAAAUCACCCCUCCCUUCUGAUGUUUGAUGUGAAAUUUAACUAAAACUCUUCGCCUGUAUCCAACGGCUGUUUUUUAGCUGACAUCGGACUAACACCGAAAAUUCACCAUGUCAGCGAUUACACAGUUUGAAAAACGUUUUUCCAUGGACCGUCUGCCAGAUUGUCCGUAGAAAAAUAAUCAACACGUUCUGACCAAUCAGUAUCACGAAUUCAACAGUGUUGUGGUAUAAAAAUAUUUUAUUUUUAAAGGACAGUUUCUUCUGUGCCUGAGUUUGGUACUGUUCUUAAAGAAAGUGUGACUGUGAAUCAGUACCCAUUUUGCUGACCUAAUCAUUCUACCCAUUACAUUGAUUUUUUUUACCCAUUAGCAAAAUUGGGUUCAUUUUUAAGCCAGGAUUCUACUGCACUUCUGCCUGUAGUGGCCAGAAACGAUAAAAGUAUAAGCGUUUCUUAUUAUACAUUCAGUACAGAGAGCCUUUUAAUCAGCUGCUAGCUUGUCCUUUUGUCUGAUGUGAAACUGAAAUCCCAUCACAGAAACAUACUGGGUGAUGGAUUUUGUUCUUUACUGGUGAUACAUUAUUACGUUUUGCAGUCCUGCACGUUGAUGUAUUAGUGUUCUUAUCUUCUGUUAGAUGGAUCAGGAAUUUUUCCUCCACUUAAGCUGUUCUCAUCUUCUUUUUCUUCUUCUUCUUCUUCUUUUUGUUUUUUUCUUUUAAAUUUAUUACCAAGUUGUAUCUUGGACCGAAAUUCGUAUCCAGAUUUCACCGACAUCCCUAUGUUACUUUGCUUUAUAUUAAAUGUUAUUAUCAGUAGUGAGAGAAUACUGAGGAUCUGUA